AUGCCUCGAUCAGUCAACAACGCAACUGAGGAGAGAUCUCAGCCAUGGAAGACGAUGCAGGAAGUCCAAAAUCUGUACAAGCCAGAGCCUGCCCCUCGUGAUGCGAAUGCCGACAUCGCCGCCGAUAUCGAGUCCAAGGAGAUUGAAGACGAGCCUUUGAAGCUCAAUGGCCUCAAGCUGCAAUUUAACUCCGCAAGAUCCAACAUUGCGAAUGUGGAGGAGCAACACUGA